AUCGUUAGUAUGGUGCGUUGAAUUUUUACUAUUCGUGCGUGUUAGUAGAACGUUACAUAACGUAAUAUACACAUAUAUAUGUAGUGACAUAUGAACGUAAAAGUUGUCUCAUCAACUGUUCAAAAAUCGAUCCAAUUUAUAUUUACAUGUUUACUGAUCGAUGAGCAUCAGUCGCAUGUUACGAAGCUAAUUUUUUGUUUCAUAAUCGUCAGUUGUCAUGAUGGUCAUGAUCGUGAUUUAGCAUGAAUACAAUUGUUUACUAGAGGAUAAUAUUGAAAUUGAUUUUGGGGCCAGAGACUAGUGUGAAUUGAAUUCAUCUGGGUAGGGUAUAAUAAUAAAAGACUCCAUCAUUUGAACAUGUAAAUGAACCUUUGGAUUCUAAACAGUGAGUGACUGUCAGUAUCUCAUGAAUGAGUGAAUCGUGUUAAUAUACUAAUUGCCUUAUUCUGCGUCUGAGAUUAGCAAGAUGCUACCAUCCGUAAAGGAACGUAAAAAGAAUGCGAACAAGUUCCAUCUGUGCUAUGAGGAGGUGUGUAAGGUGCAGAAUGUGAUGCCGCUCCCUGCCGUGAUGGCGCAUCGGAAGAAGAGUGUGCUGUGUCUAAGUGGAGACAGGCUCGCAUACAGGGAGUGGGGACCGAUUCUUCAUGCACUUAGCCAGGACAGGAGCCUGCAGUUCAUUGGCGUUCGCAGCAAAGGUGCUGCAAAGAUUGCAGUGGAACCUAGAGCUGGUACAGUGGAACGAGUGCCAUCGCUGCAGACACGCCGUGUUCUCUUACCACUCAUGAAGGCAAUUCAAACAUGUAUGAACCACACUGAGGCGCUCACCUCUGUGGAACUUGAGGCCUUGCCCCUGGGAUCAGACCUCCUGUGUAACUUCAUACAGGGUAUCAAGAGUUGUCGUCCGCUUCAGAAUGUCUCAUUGCACCGCAGCCCAAUUAGGGAUGAGGGCUGUCGGCUGAUUUGCCGCGCCAUUAAGGGACUGACCAACAUAAAGUGUGUUGAUCUUUCUGGCUGUGGAAUCACAGCCCGAGGUGCAAUGGCGGUGGCAGAAAUGUUGAAGUACCAAAAGAUCCAGCGGUACAGUGAGACCUGGAAACAGACUCUGCGUGGCUGUGAUCCAGAUGUGGAUUCCCUGCCCGGUCUGCGCAGAGUGACUCUUAACCACAACACUGACAUUGGAGAUGAUGGGGCUGUGCACCUCGUGAAUGCUGUUAGGGAUGACAUCUUUGUGAAAGCUCUGGAUCUACAAAACUGUGGUGUUGGCAACACUGGUGGCAAAGCAGCACUGGAAAUGCUCCAGUUAAAUGUGAGCCUAGCCGUCAUGGACCUGCGUGCUAACAAGAACAUCAACUCGGAGCUGUUGACUCAGAUAAUGAGGCGCCUGUACAUGAAUAACCAUGGUGCCUCACAGAAGUACCACUGGAUUGCUGUCAGCUGCCACCAGUUGCCACGACAGCCCCUCAGGCCGAAGUUGUGUAUUCACCCCAAAUUGCAACCACUGCUCAAAAAUACAUCAUCUCUCAAGUUGGACUUGUUGGCAACAGAGCCCUCUAAGAGGAGAAAGGUAUCUGUCCUCACCAAGGGUGUGCCGUGGCGGGUGUCUGUGAGGCUGGACAAGCGCAGGGAGUGUGCUGAAAACAGUCCUGGGGUUCCCCGAAUGGUGCAGCACUUGGAGCCAGAACCUCCAUACCACAUGCAAGCACUGCCGCCCACACCGCCCUGCUUGGAACUUACGAAGGCCAAGAGGCAGUUGCUGUGGAUGUCGGAGCAGCUGAACAUGGAGACUGCCAAGUGCAGACAACUGGAAGAAAAGAACAUGAUUCUACGGCAUCACCUGGAAGAUUUCCUGGGCCAUAACCGUGUGCUGGUGGAGAAGCAAACUGUGGCUCUGAUACAGCAGUGUUUCAGUGACUUCCAGAACUUCAUACUGAAACUCCGCAAUGCAGGCUUCAGUGACCUCGUGGAUGCAGAUGUUCAGAACCCUGACACAGACCAUGAGGGACACUUAGCAUUUCACAUCAGGAAGUCAUACAACAGUCCUGCAGCAUGUGACAAGUGCAUCCAGACAGACUUGCAGAUAGUCGGCAAGUCAGCUGCCAUGUUCAAGGACUGGCCAGUGCAACCUGCGGAGAUGCACGUGGAGGACUCCGCUUCUGUCGGGGACUGCCUGGAUCUUGCAGACAGUGAGACAAACCAAAGGAGCAGCACUCAGGAGGAGAAUGCAGCCAACACAAAGCACGACAGCAGAAGGAAAGACAUGGGGAGGGUGCACAAGAAGGAUCUGGGUGAUGCAAAUUACAUACUGUACCAGACAGUGCUGCAGAAAAACAAGGAACUGGAUCGUGUUGGUCUGCAGUUCAGCAAACCAGAUGUGAACAUAACAUCAAAGAGCAAGUCCUUUAAGGGAGACAUGUUGGUAGCUCCGGCAGAUACUGUGUUGUGCCGUGGAGGCUUCAGCAUCAGCUCGGGAUCAUGAAUAAUUUGUGUGCCUGAGGAGUUACCUUGUGGUCUGUUUCCAGGACUUACAAGAUGGAAAGUCUGAGAUGGUUCACACACCAAAUUAGCUGUGAUGAAACAGCUUCAUAUUAUCACGUGUAUGAGUGACUAUAGACAGGGUUUGGAUUGGUGAACUAGAAGUAACUAUAACAGCCUCACUGGUACACCCACUCUGUAAAUCACUGUAACUGCAGCCCAUGUAAAGUCUUCUGUGUCUAAAGGAUGUUAACACUGUCA